AUGUCAUCGCUUUUCAAAUCACUGAAGCUGACAACAUUCCAUAAAUGUACAAACUGUAAAAAGAAAAUAUCUCCAACUGAUGAAUUAGCAAUUGGUGAAAAAAUGUUUCAUAAAAUCUGUGUAAAAUGUGAUCUCUGCAAGGAAAAUCUGAAAAAAACGGAUGUCAUCGAGGAUAACGGAAAGAUUUAUUGUCAUGCAUGUCACGGGAAAAAGUUAACAUGUUCUACUGAAGAUCAUGAAAAGAGUUCGAUUUUAGUGAGUGGCACGGCUUGUCAAGUUUCGAAAGAUCUUUCCAAAACAUUAACAAAUUGCAGCAUUUCAACCGAAGAUGAUAAACCAUCGUUAUUACCUAAACAAGUAAACAAAUCGACCAACCUUGAAACAUUUUCACUUAUAUGGCUAGAUGCCAAUGUUCACAUAACAAAAGACAAUAUUGAUUCACAAGUAAAAUUGAGAGAAGCAAUCAACUUUUUACAAAUAUUUGACAAAGCUGAUGAAUGUGAACAAAAUAUAAAAAGCAUCAAAAAUGAAAAAGUUGUGUUUAUCGUAUCAGGAAGACUUGGACGAGAAGUUGUACCGCGUUUGCAUAAUUUACCGCAGUUAAAUUGCGUUUAUGUUUAUUGCUUCGACAAGGCUGGCAACAAACAAUGGUCAGACAAAUAUUCAAAGGUAAACGAUGUCUUUACCGAUCUAGAUGAACUUAUUAAACGCAUUACAAAAGAUCAACAGGUACGCGAAAAAGUAGAAGACUCGGUGGCAAUAUCAAUUUUUAACCGAUCGGAUAAAGAAUGUACACAUAAAAAUCUCAAAUCUGAAAAUGGUUCAUUUAUGUGGUUUCAGUUACUUAUUGAAGUGUUAAUUUCUAUGCAACACAAUUUAACAGCAAAAAAAGAAUUAAUUAAUGUUUGCAAACAACAAUAUCAUAAUAAUUCAAAAGAGCUGGCGGUUAUUAAUGAAUUUGAAAAUUCUUAUUCUUCCUCGAGAGCUAUUUGGUGGUAUACGAGAGAAACCUGUUUAUAUCGUCUUCUAAACAAGGCUUUACGUGUUCAGAAUAUAGACGUAUUAUUUGCUUUUCGCUUCUUCAUUAAAGAUAUGUUUACAAAUCUCAAUGAAGAACAUAAAAAGUUCAAACGUUCAUUAACUGAUCAACUUAUUCAGGUAUAUCGGGGACAAGUUAUUUCGGCAGACGAAUUUGAUCGAAUGCAUAAAAGUAUCGGUGAAUUUAUUUCGAUAAAUUCUUUCUUUUCAACUAGUCGAAAUCGAAAACGAGCUCUUGAAUUUACCAACAAUAUACCACCAAGUGAUAGUAUAAGGCAAAUUUUAUUUGAUAUUAAGGUCGAUAUUCGUUUAUCGACUAAACCAUUCGCUGAUGUGACGAAACUGAGUUAUUUUGAAGAGGAAGAGGAGAUACUUUUUAUGCUUGGCUCGGUGUUUAGAAUUACCAACGUUGUUUACAGCAAACAAGAGCAGGUAUGGGUUGCCGAAUUGAUGUUAUGUAAUGAAAAUGAUCACGAUUUAAGAGAUUUAUUUUCUUAUCACAAAGAGAAAAUUGGGAAAGACUUAUCAAAUUUUGUUCCGUUAGGAGAUAUUUUAUUUAAAAUGGGAGAAUUCGAUAAGGCCAGACAAUACUAUAAACGUAUUCUAACUGAAUUAUCGACAAUUGAUCUAUCUACUGCUAGUUGCUAUUUUGGAUUAGGUAACGUUGCAAUCGAACAAGAUCAGUAUCCUGCAGCACUCGCUUACCAUCUUAAAGCUCUGGAUGUCAAACAGAAAUUCUUAGAUGAAAAUGAUCCAAGAAUAGCGUCAAGUUAUAACCAGAUCGGGGCGGCUUAUCGACGAUUAGGCGUUUAUGAUCGCGCUCUCGAGUACGCCAAUAUCGGUUUAGAAAUGAGAUUAGCAUGUCUCGACAGCAAUGAUGUUGACCUAGCGCAGAGUUAUCGUGAUAUCGGACUUGUAUAUUACCGACUGAGCGAAAAUAGUCUAGCAUUGGAAAACUUCACGAAAGCACAUAAAAUCUAUGUCAAAGCUUUACCGGAAAAUCAUCCUGAUGUGGCAGAAAAUUUAGGCUAUAUUGGCUAUGUUUAUAACUCUACUGAAGAAUACGAUCUAGCCCUUGAAUAUUACAAAAAAGCGCUAGAUAUUGAUCGAAAGUCUUUACCGGAAAACCAUCCAGACAUUGGUGUUAUCUCCGGGGCUAUUGGUAACGUUUUUUACGAGCAACACGAUUAUGUUUCCGCAAUCGAUUACUUUAAUCAAGCACUGGCAAUAUUUCGCAGGUCUUUGCCACCAACUCAUGAAUUUACGGAAAAUGCUGAAAUGCGUGUAAAAAAUACACAACGGAUGUUAUUGACGACAACACAGAAGACAGACUAG